CCUUACUAUUACAAAAGCUGCUCAUGUUUUAAUCAUCAAAUUAAUGGGCGAUUAUGGCACACCUUGUUCUGUAUAAAUAAUGAUUUCGACUCAAAGUUUUGGUGACAUGUUUUACAGAUGCGAUACAAACCGAUCCAUAGAACUAGACAUUGGAUAGUAAAAACGUGAUAAAUUAUCAUAACAAAGAUAUUUAUUCAUCAGCAUUCACAGUAUUCAGUAUACAGUAUUCACAUCCGUGAUGAAUUUGCAGAAACAAGUUGGCAAUGGCAAGUGUAGUAAGUUUAAGUUAAAAAAGAUUUUGCUGACAAUUGGAAUAGUUUAAUUUUAAAGACAAGAGCUUGAACAAUUUGCCAAGAACGGAAAUACAAGAUACAAUUGUAGAAAAACACUGCUCGAAUUAAUCAUUUAAUAACUUGUAAUAAACAGUCAUACCUGAAAAUGAUUCGAUAUUUAGCUAAAGUAGUACCUAGGUGUUCACGCCGAAUACUUGUUCUCUUUUUAUUUAUAGUUUUAAUUUUGAUUAUACAUAAGCUUAAAAAGUUUGAUGAGUAUGUAAGCAAAGAUGAAGAGCGGCUGGAUUCCAAGCUUCUGAAAAAUCCAAACGGAAAGUCCGAACUGUCUAUUAAGGAUAACCGAACGGUUUCAGUGAAACGAGAAGGGGAUGACAAAAAUCCAAUCAAUUCUGAAGACAGUCUUAAAUCUAAAACUGAUGGGAAUUCCACUGGCAGACGUAAUAUUGCACAAAUCCCCAUUGACGUAAGAAUUAAAAAACUUCCAGGGGCCGUACUCAUUGGUGUCCAGAAGUGUGGAACUGGGGCUCUCAAGACAUUUUUGAAUCUCCAUCCGAAUAUUAGAGUUGCAAGAGCUGAACCUCAUUUCUUUGACUGGAAAAUUGAUCACAACGCAACAUUCGAAGGAGAAAUGAAAAGGUAUCUCAAACUGCUACCAAGGGCAUUCCCAAAUGAAACUGUACUAGAGAAAACACCUGAAUAUUUUGACAUGAUUGACCCAUUUGACCUAUUUAGAAUGAACCCUGCAUUGAAGCUGAUUUUACUGGUUUGUGACCCUGUGAGGAGGACAAUAUCAGCCUACUUACACAACAUUUACAUUGGCAUGUAUUCCAAGCAUAAGUCAUUUGAAGAGUACGUAUUUGAUAAAGACGGUGAAGUUAUUCCAACAGCGGAGGUUGUGCGUAGAAGUAUAUAUGAUGAGCCACUGAAAAGGCACUUGAAAUAUUUCCCCCGCAAACAAUUUCUUAUAAUGGAGAACACAUUUCUGCUACAAAAACCGACUUUGGCAAUGCAGGAAAUUGAGAAAUUUCUUGAAAUACCGAAAUUCUAUACUAAUGAAACAUUUUAUUUCAACGAGAAAAUCGGAUACUACUGUAUAAACCCAUCCAUUAAGCCAGUUAAUUCGGGAUGUCAGGCAAAAUAUAAAUACAGAGUUCAUCCUAAUGUCAGUGAAGAAAAUUUACUCAAGCUAAGGCGUUUCUUUCAACCCAACAAUGACAAUUUCAUAAAACUGGUAGGCAACAGUAUGCCAUCAUUAAAAUAUUUUCCAUAAGAAACAUCGAAGGAGCGACACAAAUUUAUUUUGUAUAUUAAGUUAUUAACUAUUGGUUGUGUAUCAAUAAAUUAAUGUGUGGGAAUUUGCUUGUUU